CUUCACCUCCUACCGGCAUGUGAACUCCUCUGUUACCCUACCUCGGCGGGGCGCGGUCCCGGGAUGGGUGGAGCUCACAGCCGCUCUACUCUGGGAACAUUGUCGACCUGCAUACUUUGCUCAACCGCCGCCUUCAUCGCGCGGAACAGAGCCGCGCUCCCGCCCCGGGCCUGAACUUAUUUCACGUGCUAUUUGGGAGACGGGCUUUAAUCGAUCCUUCCACGGGGAAAAGGGGCACCGACCUGGGAAGAUGAUGGCUCCGGAGCCGCUGCGAUCGGCGAUGACCAUCGGCUGCGUGGAGGACACGUCGCUCGCGCUGCCCUCUGACAGCAAGCUGCGCUCGGGACAGCAGCGCGUGCUGGAUCAAGUGCACACCAUCAAGAGGGGCAAAUCCAAAAGCUGGAAGAACGGCCAACUGUCUCCAUCACCUACAAGCCAGACUCCGACAUUUUCUGAGUUUGGAUCGUUCAAGUUUUCUCCAUCCAAAACAAAUGACAACUUCAGCCGCAGCAAAUCCAUGGUAGCAGGCUACAGCAAAACGAUAAAUGCUCAGAAGAGUCGCACUCUGUCCUCUAAAACCGUCGGAGGAAGAUAUAACAGCACCUCGAGCGCAUGGGAACACAGAAUGAAAGCCCCCAACUGGCCCCAGAGUUUCGGUGGCCUGAAGACCAGUCGCAGUGACCCUACAUUGGUUUCUCAGUUUUCUCCUCCCACCGCAUCUGUCAUGAGGGCCAAAGGGCAGGAAGCCCAUGGCCAGCAAACCUUCCGGACUCAAAUGAAUAGACACAGCACCCACUCCAUGACCAACGGCACUCAGAUGACCAGCAGCCAGACACGCAUUGUCCAGCCACCCUCGGCCCACACUGAGGGCAAGAUGGGGACAAUCAAAACAUCGAAGAAAGACCUACAGCAAUCGGCGGGGAGCAGUGGGGUCAACCUGUCAGACCUGACCCUGAAGGAGGCUGUAGGGUACCUGUCUCACCCUGAGGAGAAUUUCCAGCAGUGUGGAGCCAACUUCAUCCAACACACCACCUUCAAAGAGGAGAGCGCCAAACAGGAGGUUUUCCAACUAGGGGGUAUCCCCGCUCUGGUGACCAUAUUGCGGAGCACCAACCCUGGGGUGAACAAGGCCGCAGCUGGCGCCCUGAGGAACCUGGUGUUCAAGAACCUGGACAACAAGCUGGAGGUUCAACACUGUGGCGGUAUAGCCAAGGCACUGCAGCUGCUAAAGGAGACGGAUUCUACUGAGACUCGGAAACAAAUCACAGGCCUGCUAUGGAACCUGUCGUCCUCCGACGAGCUGAAGGAAGAACUUACAGCGACCGCACUGCCCGCCUUGACUGAGAACGUGGUUGUGCCAUUCACCUGCUGGUCCGACAACAGCACUAACAACAACAUACACCCUGAUGUCUUCUACAACUCCACGGGUUGCCUGCGGAACCUGAGCUGCGGCAAGCACAGGGAGAGGCAUGCGAUGAGAAAAUGCGACGGCCUCAUCAACUCCCUCAUAGGUUACGUCCAGUCCUGUGUGGCCGAGGAAAACCCUGAUGACGAGUCUGUGGAGAACUGCGCGUGCAUCCUCCAUAACUUGACCUAUCACCUGGAGAUGGAGGAACCUGAGGCCUUCUCCGCGUACUGUCCUCAAGUGGGGGUCCAGGAUGGGAGUAAGAAAAGUUCCCCAAUUGGAUGCUUCAGCCCCAAGAGCAGCAAGGCUCAAAAGCAGUUUUUGUUUGAUGAGGAUUGGACAAUGCCAGAGGACGGUGCCCCGUCAGGUGUGAAGUGGCUGUGCAAUCCCAAAACUAUGAACACCUACCUGUCUCUGCUGAGCUCGUCCCAGAAAGAUGGCACCCAGGAGGCCUGCUGUGGUGCCCUGCAGAACCUCACAUCCAGCGGGGGACUGGGGUCCAUGGCCAUGAGCAGGAUUCUGGUUCAGAAGCUAAGCGCUCCGCUUUACAUUUCCCAUCUGUUAAAGUCACCUAACAGCGCCCUGCAGAAGAGCAGCAUGUCCCUGCUGAAUAACAUGAGUCGGACCUGCGGUGUGCAGCCCACCAUUGCAAAGCAGAUUCUGCCUCAGCUGACAAGCCUCCUCUCGUCUGGCCCCCGGGAAAUGGGAAAAUCUGAUGACACUAUAGCAGCAGCAUGCACAACAGCACAGAAUCUGAUGAUGGCGGACACUGAGGUCAGCAAGAAGGUCAUCAAUGAUGAACUGGUGACAUCGCUAGCUGACCUGAGUGAGAAUGGGGCUUUCCCCAAAGGCAGCAAAGCCGCCGCGUUGCUGCUCUACGACUUAUGGAACGAGAAGAAUUUACAAGGUUUUGUGAAAAAGCUGGGGUUGUCCAAGUCACUUUUUGUCAACAACAACACCACAGCAGUGUACAGGUCUGUGCAAAUUAUUGACUGAGUGGGAUGGACGAGCGGCACCACACAGCCUGAGAGGUUACUUGUGCGUGUGCUAACACCCAAGUUUUCACAGCCUGCGAGACACAAUACGCCAGAUGAUGUGGACAGACGACGUUAUAAGACAUGAAGACAACAUUUUUAAAGAUCAAUCCCUUGAGCCUUGUGGACUGAGCAACUGAAAAUGAAAAUCAUGUGGAAAAAAUAUGUAAAGACCAAAAAGUAGUGUGUAUUUGUGAUACUGUUGCAAUCAUUGUCCAGCCAAAGAGUGCGCUCCAUAGGUGUAAAGUAAGAUAACAACAUUAUAAUUUUUUUGUUUUAGUUGUAUUUGUGUUUGAGUUCAGUCUUUGUUUAGUUGCUUUUUUUUUUAAAGUUUAUAGGCGCAAUAUGGUUUUAAUAUGUUGAAUAUACAUGCAGUAUGUCAAAGACUGAGAAAUUGCUCAGUUCAGAAAAGAAAUAGCACUUGGAUUUGUUCAUACAAAAGCAGUGCUAGAUUUUACUUUUUUGUUACUUCAUCUCUUUGCAGCUUUCACCAACAUGGUCUAAAUGGUUAAAUAAUUAGUUUGCUAUCUUGGAAAACACAUUUGCUUUCUUGCUGGGAGUGGAUUGAGAAGAUUGAUACCACAAAGCACAAAGACAGGGGGAAACAUCUAGCCUGAUUGUCCAAAGUUAACAAAAUGCAGAUACCAGCAACUGCGCACAUUACUAACAAACGUUAUGUCUUGUUUUUUAUCCAUAUAAAAAAAAUCUGAACCUGUUUUUGUGCGACUUCAAUGAACAAUACGUUGCCGCUAGUCAGAGAAAGGCUAGCAGUUCCCCUGCUUUUUCCAGUCUUUCUGCCAUGCUACGCUCCGGCUAUUUGGCAACGAGUUUCUAAUCUGAAUCCCAGCGGAACCGCAAAUCAAACUCUUGCUUUACGGUUGAGUACUUGUAAGUGCCUUGUUCUAUUACGUUGCUUUGUCAUUGACUUGCCGAUUGAAAUGUAUGAAUACUAUUAUGUAUUGUGUUUUUUUUUCACUAUCGUUUGCUUUUCUCGCUAAAGAACCUGUGACAGGUUGAGUGGAAUAUAGUACCACUAACACCUAUUCAUAGAUGUUGCUCACACACGUUGAUUCACUGUAGAGAAAUUUGUAUAGAAAUUUGGAGCAAUUUACACAACCCUAUGAGUUAAAUUAUUAAUGUUCUUUGAUCUUGUUCAACCGAACGCCAAGGAGAAAAUGAAGAGGAUGUGCCCUUAACUGCAGUAGACUGUUUUAAUGCUUGAGACACAUGGUCAUGCCGAGGUCCAUUUGCCUCAGGAAAGAUUCACGUCAGUAUUGCUUAGGAUGUACCUUUGGAGAAAUGUGUGUGACAUAUAUUUUGGAACAAUCCCCUGUCACUCUGUUUGUACGUAGAAUAAAUAAAAUAUAGGCAGACAACA